AUGAAUCAAUCUCCCUCUGGCCUCUGGUUCCCUGUAUCGCUGCCUCUCUCUUUUGCUGACCAUUCCUUGUCCCCUCAUGUUACCCCCUCCCCAUGUGUCACAGGCCCCCUGUCAGAGCUCCAGAUCAGCUAUGUCUGCAGGGAAGUGCUCCAGGGACUGGCCUAUCUACACUCACAGAAGAAGAUACACCGGGACAUCAAGGGAGCCAACAUCCCCAUCAAGGACCCUGGGGAGGUCAGACUGGCUGACUUUGGUAUAUCGGCCCAGAUCGGGGACACACUGGCUCGAUGCCUCUGAUUCAUUGGGACACCCUACUGGAUGGCUGCGGAAGUGGCGGCCGUGGCCCUGAAGGGGGGAUACAACGAGCUGUGUGAUAUCUGGUCACUGGGCAUCACAGCCAUUGAAUUAGCCGAGCUACAGCCAACCCUCUUUGACGUUCACACUCUCAGAGUUCUCUUCCUCAUGAACAAGAGUGGCUAUCAGCCUCCUCGGCUAAAGGAAAAAGGCAAAUGGUCGGCUGCCUUCCACAUCUUCGUCAAAGUCGCCCUCAACAAGAGCGCCAAGAAACGACCUGGCACCACCAAGAUGCUCAGUCAUCAACUGGUGUCCCAGCCCGGGCUAAACAGAGGCCUGAUCCUAGAGCUUCUUGACAAACUGAGGAACCCAGGGAAGGGGGCAGCUGUUGGCGAGAUUGAAGAUGAGGAGCCUGAGCUACCCCCCGCCAUCCCUCGGCGGAUCCGAUCCACCCAUCGAUCCAGCUCUGUGGGGAUCCCAGAUGCGGACUGCUGUCGGCGGCACAUGGAGUUCAGGAAGCCUCGAGGCAUGUAGUCCAGACCCACAGCUGACACGGCUCGCUUACAACCACCUGGAGGCUUCAAGAGCAGCAGUCCUAGGUCAGGGACCCUCAGCUCCGAAAAUGACUACGGUAACGUGGACAUCCCCUCCCUCGCAGAAGACAUACCUCCUCCUCUACUCCCCAAGAUCCGUUCUCCAUCGGACGAGGUUCCUGGGGGGACUGCGGAUGAGGGGCAGCUGAGCCCAGGGGUAGUGGUCCGCUGUGCCAGUGUGCCUCCCCCUGGCACCACCCACUUUGUGCCUCCCCCAGCCACCCGAAACCCCCACGUAACCGCUCACUCAGAAACUUCACUGUGGAACCCAGCCCGGGAACAUGACCAGCUCCCGCUUUUGCCCUCCAAGGAGGAAUAGAUGAAGAGAAAGGUGAGGCCAGCUGUGCUGAGGACUCAAUGUGCCCUUCUCCUAAAGUUGUUCAAUGGCUGCCCUCUCUGGAUCCACAGCACGGCGGCCUCGACACACCCCUCCACCAAAGACCAGCACUUACUCCUGGGAGCUGAGGAAGGCAUUUUCAUUCUGAACCGAAAUGAUCAGGGGGCCACGCUUGAGAUGGUGAGGGCCAGACAGCACCGCGGCCGGACUACCCGGGUGUACUCCAUCAACAAUGUCCUCAUGUCUCUCUCAGGUCUGUCCCCCCACCUGUAUUCUCAUAGGAUCCUGGGCCUGCUGGAAGGGAAAGAGGCCAGAGCAGGAAGCCCCAUUGCUCACAUCAGUCCCCACCGGCUCCUAGCAAGGAAGAACAUGGUCUCCACUAAGUUCCGGGAUACCAAAGGUUGCCGGGCGUGCUGUGUGGGGGAGAGAGAAUCUCGUGCGGAGGGCGCUAGCUCCGGGGGCCCGUUCCUGUGUGGGGCAUUGGAGACAUCCGUGGUCCUGCUUCAGUGGCAGCAGCCCGUGAACAAGUUCCUGCUUCUCCGGCAGGUGCUCUUCCCGCUACCCACGCCUCUGCCCGUGUUCUCACUGCUGACCGGGCCAGGCUCCGAGCUGCCCGCCGUGUGCAUCGGCGUGAGCCCCGGGCAGUGUGCGAAGUCGGUGUUCUUCCACGCCGUGCGCUUCGGCGCGCUCUCCUGCUGGCGGGGCGAGAUGAGCGCAGAGCACAAGGGACCAGUACAAGUGACUCAGGUCGAGGAAGACAAGGUGAUGGUGUUGAUGGACGGGUCUCUGAAGCUGGUGACCCCAGAGGGGGCCCCAGUCCGGGGGCUUCGAACUCCAGAGAUCAACAUGACUGAAGCAGUGGAGGCCGUAGCUUUGGUCGGGUGUCGGCUCCAAGCCUUCUGGAAGCAUGGAGUGCAGGUGUGGGCUCUAGGCUCAGACCAGCUGCUGCAGGAGCUGAGAGGCCCCACCCUCACCUUCCAUCUGCUUGGCUCCCCCAGGUAUGAGCUUGGGUAG